AAUCGAAUGCAGAGAGAGAGAGGGAGAGAGAGUUUUGUAAAAACAGGUCUAGUUAAUUUAAUUUUCCCGAUUCUCGAGCAAAACUUUCUUCUCAAGUCUCACAAGCAUAACUUGUAUGACGUCUCCUAAAUCUAGAAUCCUAGAUGAGUUGUGGUCUCAGUAAUUGUCUAGAGAAACCCUAGUGGAGGAGAAGCAGAAUCGAAGAGAUCGAGCAAGCUGGACGACGCUGCGAUAAUGGCGAGUUUCCCCAUCUCGAGGUACUCUUUCUUCGUCGCAUUUCUCGUUUUCUCUUUUGUAACCCUAGCUGCGAGUUUGGACCUCUCUUUUUCACUCAAAAGAUUCAACAAGGGCGGAAACUUUGAUUCCAAGAUUGCUCUGUUCGGUGAUACCGAGGUCGUUGAUGGGGGUUCUUCGGUCAAGAUCACUCGUCCUUCGGUUUCCAGCGCUGGGCGGCUUAUCUACAGGAAACCUGUUAGGUUUAUCGGAGGACAACGAAAAGAGCCAAUGUCUUUCUCUACAUACUUCUCCUUCUCGAUUUCGCCGGAAGAUGGUGAUGGCCUUGCUUUCGUCGUUCUUCCGACUAGUUUUCCUUCGGAUUUGUUCGAUGGAAGCUCAUUUGGGCUUAGUCCAGGACUGGAGAAGAGAGGAAAAAGAGUUCUGGCGAUUGAGUUUGACACCUCUAUGGAUGCUAAGCUAGGUGAUCCAAAUGCAAACCACGUUGGGGUCGACAUAGGUAGCCUCGUAUCUGCACAAGUGAGAAAUGUUUCUUCCAUCAAUCUGGUGUUGAACAGUGGAAAGAAAUUGCAUUCGUGGAUCGAUUACGAUGCCAGUACCAAAAUUUUGGAAGUUAGAUUGAGUAAAUCUGGUGCUGUAAAACCAUCCGUUCCAUUGAUUUCUUACCGAAUCGAUCUAUCAGAGAUGUGGAAAGGGGAAGAGGUGUUUGUGGGUAUGAGCUCGUCCAGUGGGAAUUCUUCUCAGACGACCACUAUCUAUUCCUGGAGCUUCAAUUUAAGAAGUGUACCGAGUUGGCUACAUUCACAACCAGCAGAUCCUCGAAUUAUUGCAGUGCAGAGUAACCCUCCGAUAAUCCAGAAAAGAAGCACUUGUCUGUUAAGGAUUCUUGCUGGACUAAUCUUCGGAACUGGAUGUGGAGCUCUGGUUGCGUUCAUUGUUAUGUUUGUUUGGACAAUCUCUGUGAAUCGGCGUCAAUGUCAAUCGGUAGUUCCAGUGGAGUACCCUGUGCAUCCUGUGGAAUUUGCAUACGAAAAGAUCAAAGUGUUUGCGCAAAAACCCACCAAAGAUGGCUAUUGAUACCCAAAUCUUGAUUUUGGAAAUGGAUUUAUAAUUUACGGCCUUAA